AUGUCAGACUUCUCGAUAGACUUCUCGGCGGAUUUCACAGCGCCAACAAUCCCAGUACCAACCAUACCAGACUUUUCGUUUGAUAUCCCGGUACCUACUAUUACAGACUUCUCGGUAGGCUCCUCUGCGGAUUUCACAGCGCCAACUUCAUUGGAUCCGAUGUUUACCAUCGAUAACUCAACUGAUUCUACUGUCUCUACAUCUGUUUUGUACGCUAAUACUUCAGAUGCUACUGUCUCUUCAACUUCGAGUACAUCAGCUACCUCAACCACGGAGCCAUCCUCAACUGUUAACAGUAAUUCAACCACCUCUGCUAGCUCGACUGAGCCAUCAAGUGUGUCCGAAACGUCCACUGUUUACAGUAACUCAACCACCUCUGCUAGCUCGACUGAGCCAUCAAGUGUGUCCGAAACGUCCACUGUUUACAGUAACUCAACCACCUCUGCCAGCUCGGUUGAACCAUCAACUGUCUCUAGCAACACAACUGUGUCCGCAACUUCGACUGUUUACAGUAACUCAACCACCUCUGCUAGCUCGACUGAGCCAUCAAGUGUGUCCGAAACGUCCACUGUUUACAGUAACUCAACCACCUCUGCCAGCUCGGUUGAACCAUCAACUGUCUCUAGCAACACAACUGUGUCCGCAACUUCGACUGUUAACAGUAAUUCAACCACCUCUGCUAGCUCGACUGAGCCAUCAAGUGUGUCCGAAACGUCCACUGUUUACAGUAACUCAACCACCUCUGCUAGCUCGACUGAGCCAUCAAGUGUGUCCGAAACGUCCACUGUUUACAGUAACUCAACCACCUCUGCCAGCUCGGUUGAACCAUCAACUGUCUCUAGCAACACAACUGUGUCCGCAACUUCGACUGUUUACAGUAACUCAACCACCUCUGCUAGCUCGACUGAGCCAUCAAGUGUGUCCGAAACGUCCACUGUUUACAGUAACUCAACCACCUCUGCCAGCUCGGUUGAACCAUCAACUGUCUCUAGCAACACAACUGUGUCCGCAACUUCGACUGUUUACAGUAACUCAACCACCUCUGCUAGCUCGACUGAGCCAUCAAGUGUGUCCGAAACGUCCACUGUUUACAGUAACUCAACCACGUCUGCCAGCUCGGUUGAACCAUCAACUGCCUCUAGCAACACAACUGUGUCCGCAACUUCGACGGUCUACGGUAACUCCACUGUGUCCGCAACUUCGACGGUCUACGGUAACUCCACUGUGUCAGCAACUUCGACGGUCUACGGUAACUCCACUGUGUCAGCAACUUCGACGGUCUACGGUAACUCCACUGUCCCUGCAACUUCGACGGUCUACGGUAACUCCACUGUGUCAGCAACUUCGACGGUCUACGGUAACUCCACUGUGUCCGCAACUUCGACGGUCUACGGUAACUCCACUGUGUCAGCAACUUCGACGGUCUACGGUAACUCCACUGUCCCUGCAACUUCGACGGUCUACGGUAACUCCACUGUGUCCGCAACUUCGACGGUCUACGGUAACUCCACUGUGUCAGCAACUUCGACGGUCUACGGUAACUCCACUGUCCCUGCAACUUCGACGGUCUACGGUAACUCCACUGUGUCCGCAACUUCGACGGUCUACGGUAACUCCACUGUGUCAGCAACUUCGACGGUCUACAGUAACUCGACUGUCCCUGCAACUUCGACUGUGUCCACAACUUCAACUGUCUACCGUAACUCGACUGUCCCCGCUACUUCUACCGUCUAUGUUAACUCGACUUCAGGAGUGGUGUCUACGGUGACACUGAAUAUUACAACCACUGAUUCUAAAGGAUUGACUACUUUGACCGCUGUUCCAACUGUAACAACCGUAACACUGGUUCCUAGUACUUCUUCUACUGCGGAGACCAGUGUAGUUACAGUAACCACCACAGAUUCUGUAGGUUCUACUGCUGUGAUUACCACACCGGCUGUCUUAUCCACUGUCACUAAGACUGUUGACCAAGUUCAGACAAUUUAUACCACAUGGUCAAUAAUUACCGUAACUGAGGUACCAACUAGCACUGCGGAGACGAGUAUAGUCACUGUAACCGCCACGAACUCUGAGGGAUCUACCACUGUGGUUACCACACCAGCCGUCUUGUCUACUGUCACCGAGACAGUUAGUGGAAGUCAGACAACUUACACCACCUGGUGUCCAAUUACCACUCAGAGUGGGGCCACUGUGACAGUUACUCCUCCUAAGGAAACGAGUGUGGUCACUGUAACCACCACAAACUCUAAGGGAUCUACCACUGUGGUUACGGCACCAGCUGUCUUGUCCACUAUCACCAAACCGUUGAUCACGUUGAGACGAUUUACACCACCUGGUGUCCAAUUACCACUCAGAGUGGGGCCACUGUGA